CAACCUUAUUUAUUUGUCUUUUUCCCACCGAUUACGAAACACUGAAUCCAUUGUAUAUUUCUUCUUGCGACCUCCUCAAAUUUCAUAGGUGAAGAAGUGUUCUUAAUUAUUGAUUUUGGUUUGGCUUAACGCGCAUAGAUAUUGUAUACCAAAUUAGGGUUUGGUUCUUAAGGUCCAAGUCUCUUAAGAGUUUUUCAAAUUAGGGUUUAUUUGCCAAGAAAUGGGUAACGGAAUGUGGAAGCAAGAAGCCAGAGACUUGAUCGAGGAACCAUCGCAGAGUAAUGUGAAGCUGGAAGAUCAGAGACCACAAGGAUCUUCAUUCUCCAUCCCACGACAUGCUUGGGUUCAUCGGAGAUCAGAAGAUUUUGAUUCUUACAAAUACUACAAACAACAAAGGGCUGACAUUGUAAAAUAUGGACCUAAUCCAAUAAUAGUCCUCUUCGGUAGAGUUGGACUUCAUUGCUACAAUCUGCAAAAGGGAACAAACUUACAAUAUUUGAGUGUACUCAAUGUUGACGUAUGGAUGACCUCAAUUUUUAGUUAUUGCAUAACUUUGGAGGCAAUGGAUCCAGUAGACAAUUCGAUUUAUGAGUUCAAAGCGCAAGUUAGGUAUGCGGUUGAGAAUAUAGAUUGUUUGAGCGCAAUUACAACGCGAUGCAGAUUAAAGCCUAAAACUCCAGAGGAGGAAGACAAAUAUUAUCUAUGGAACAAAGAUCUCGUGGAUGAUUUCUAUAAAGGUGAUAUGCCCGAGUGGAUCCGGGAAGAUGCACUAACGGGAAGCGAUAAGCUGCAAUACUAUGAGAUGAAAGAUUCCGACCUAGAAGAAGUUCAAGAAGAGAAUGAAUGGCUUCAUCUAUACGCGGAACUCGCAUUGUUUAAAAAAUGGCGAUCUAAUAAACUGGGUGCGCUGGAGACUGCAAAGCCAUUUGAGAUGAAGAAAAUAGUUGUAGAAACCAAAGAAAAUGUGGAGUCGAAGAAGAAGCUGAAGGCCGAGAAUGCAAUCUUCUACAUUAGCUUCAAAACCCGUUGUGGUCGAGACUGCAAUUGUAUCAUAAGGAAAACAACCGAUGGAAAGCCAGGCCAUUUUCUCUUGAAGUUAAGUGUUUCAUGUUAGAGUAGUCCCCAAAGUUGUAGAAUAAAUAAUACAUAAUAUA